ACAAGUAACAGUAAAGAAAGGCCUCUAAAACCAUCCUGGUCCGGGCUGCUUUAUGCGUCGGAUUUGUUUACGAUGUGUGUCAAGGAUCCAAGACCUUAAGAUAAUCACAAGUUUUCUUAAUGUUCUCCAAAACUACCACAUAGAGAUUGAUAUUUUGGAAGUUGUGUCGACUACCUCGUUAACCUCAUAGGUGUCUGGACAGUUGACCGCUAUAAUGUUAACAAGCUCAGGCCGUGAUUUGAAAGCUGCGCAAGGACUGGACUAUAUCACUAGUGCUGGCAAGUAAUUUGGAAGGGUGAAGGAGCCGUAAUGAAUGUGAAGUGACUCCACUGCCCCCUCAGCAGUAAGAGCACAAACUACACCUGGACAAGUGCUAACACACCUUUGAUAAUCCAGCAGAGAUGGCACUGCAGAUGAAUGUGUCGGGCAUACGCCGCAAUUUGAAAAAUAUUGCCCAUAAUUACACAGAUGCACAGAUUAAAGUUCGUGAAGCAACCAGCAAUGACCCCUGGGGACCUUCCUCGACUCUCAUGUCAGAAGUUGCUGACCUUACAUACAACGUGGUGGCCUUCACAGAAAUAAUGCAAAUGAUUUGGAAAAGACUGAAUGACCAUGGUCGGAACUGGAGACAUGUUUACAAAGCUCUUGUUCUGUUAGAAUACCUCAUAAAGACUGGUAGUGAAAAGGUUGCAGAUCAGUGUAAAGAAAAUAUAUUUGCUAUCCAAACUCUGAAGGACUUCCAGUAUGUAGAAGAAAAUAAGGAUCAAGGAAUGAAUGUUCGGGAAAAAGCCAAAGCCCUUGUCACACUUCUGAAGGAUGACGAGCGGCUUCGUAAUGAGAGAGUCAGAGCCCUUAAAGCCAAAGAAAGAUUCGCACAGAGUGUAUCGGGUAUUGGCAGUGAUAGCGGUAAUCCUCGAGAUCGUCGUGAAGCUGAAGAAUUGACAAUUAUCUGUGAUGGGGAAAAGACGUAUGUUACUAGUACGUCUAGGCCUGCUGAACGAAACUCUUAUGGAAUUCAAGAUGGUCCUUCAGGCUUAGAACCUCAGCUAGAGGCUGCCCGUCCUCAGACCGUCGGGGAAGAAGAAUUACAGUUACAACUUGCCUUGGCCAUGAGUAAAGAGGAAGCUGAGCAAGAAGAACAAAAACAACGCUCUGAUGAUGUGCGGCUCCAGAUGGCCAUCACCCAGAGUGAGGAAGAUUUCAAUGAUCCUCGCUCCACCGAAAGAUGGUCUGAUCGAAAAUUCAAUUCACCCCCUGUGGUGAACCCUGACUGCCCUCCUAUAAGGAGAGAAUGGUCGCCAUCGGAGUUCAAGCGCCACCAGAAAGAGGAUCUAUCGGCCAUGAAUGACCUCCUAGAUAUCAAUUUUAACCCUCACGGCGGAGUUAAUGGUGCCGGGGCACGUUCAGCCUCUACCCCUCCAGAGUCCACCAGUCUUGAUCCCUGGGGCAUGCCGGCUUCUGCUACUAAUGCUUCUCCACAACACGGCACACAACCUAAGAGCUUACCUGCAGGAGGCUUCACUCCAUCCCCACUCCCACCUCCCAUCCCUCCUUUUCCAUCUACUAAUGCUUCACUAUUGUCCUCUUCUUCCUCUUCUAAGGUAUCGUUUAGGCACUCCAAUCCCCCUUUAUUAAGUUCAUCAGCUUUCCUAUUCUCCGAUCAGCCGUACAGCUCAACUACCUCACCCAAUCCUUUUCUAGGGGACACGAGUAAAUCGCCAUUUGUUUCACUCAGUACUCGUGGAAAUACAACUUCUUCAGUCUCAAAUAGUUCAUUGCUGGGAGCCAUGUCACGCCCAGUUUCUUUGUUUGUGACUCCUCCUUCACAACAAAAUACCUCUUCUUUGCCAUCCAAUUACUCUCUCUUUCCUCCAUCCUCCUCUUCUCUCCUCAAUCCUUCUCUUCAACGCUCCUUAGCUUCUACACCUCGUCCUGCUUUUUGCUCUCAUACAUCCCCAUCUGAACCUCCUCUUGACUCCUCCUCACUUUCCCCUUCCUCUUACAACCCCUGGGGUGCUGUGCAGGUCAACAUUACAAGUGUCUCAGUGCCUCCUUCACAUCAGACUGACCCCUGGGGCUCUCCAGCUUCAGGUCCUCCUUCACGUGUCACGUCUCCACCAACCACAAGUGAUCCCUGGGGUCCUCCUCCUCCCAGAUCACCUGAACCACCAAUGGGAGGUAUUUGUGGUAAUGAUCCUUGGGCAGUCCUUGGUGCCCCACCACCAGCCAAGAGUGUUACUCCUCCCGUCGGCACCAAUGACCCUUGGGACCCUGUUCCUGCAAAACCCCCAACUAAAGAUCCUUUUGCACCAAUUUCCCCGACCAACAAUGGAGACGAGGAUGAGUUUUCAGCAUUGUCAACGAGGGAGAAACCAGCAAAUAAUGGUGUAUCAGAUGCUUUUGAGCUAAGUGGGCUCAGUUCAGCUAUGCCUGAUCACAGCAGAGCUCCACCACCAAAGUCUAAGUCUCCAGCGGCCUUUUUAGGGGAGAAUUCCAACCUCGUUAAUUUGGACAACCUCGUCUCUGCCAAACAGGUGGCUGGUGGUUUAGGAGUCUCCCCAGUGAACUCCACGAAUAACUCCAACUCUUCCUUCAUCAACAACAACCUCAACAACAACACCACCACCACCACCACCACCACCACCACCACCACCACCACCACCAUCACCAAUCCUUUCGCUACACCUGGCCUCGCGCCCUCAUCUUUUGCAGGUGUGAAUCCAUUCAGCGCUCCCAGCCCUCCGAAUCCCUUCCAAGCUCAACAGGCCCCCAAACCUUCCAUGAAUCAGCUAAGAUCUACCGGCAUUGCGGGUACAGGCUUGUCGGGAUUGCCCCCAUCCAACGCUGGUGCUCCUGCUCAGACCACUGGUUCAUCCCCUGGACCAUGGGGCUCCCCUCAGCCGUCCAUUGGGUUUGGAAUGGCCCCUGCUGCUGCCUCCCAAGAUGAAAAUCCCUUCCUUUUAUAAUAUUACCAACCCUUCAAUAGUUGUGUUCACUUACUGUCACCACAAUGCAUUGUCAGCAUUAUUUUACUUUGUUUUAUAAUUAAUGAUGAAGCAACUCUAAAUUUUAUAUCCAAGUUGUAAAUAAGUUAUUAGAUGUAUUGUUUAUAUCACACUUGUUUAUACAGGGUCUCUGUUUCUUCUUUAUUCGUCUUAUGCUUCCCGUCACGAGGGUUUUAUUUAUACAGUACUGAGUUUGAGUGGAACCUCAGAAACACCAGUGAUAUGCCCAUAAAUUUGUCCUCAUUUUAUGGUAGUUUUCCUAACUUACUAUUCAAACUCUUGUGCAAAUAUAUCUCCAAAGAGUUUGUUUUAGGUAAAAGUAUGCAAUAUUGUCACUACUAUUUAUUACAAUUAGGUGUACUGUACUUUUAUAGCAGGUCCAAAAGUAGAUUUUAAGGGAAAUAACUUAUUUAUAUUGUAAAUUUUCCCAAUGUUAAGUUUAUUUUAAUGGUUAAACAAAUAAUUCCAUUAUUUGAUAUCCCGUUCAUUGCUUUCAACUGACCCAAAAAGUUACUGCAAAGACUGACAUUUCUGUGAGGCAUCAUUUUUUCCCUCUCUGUUCUUUUCAUUUUAUACUGAACUUGUGACAGUUAUGUAACAUAUUCAGUGUUGAGGGAUACUAAAAAAUGAGAAACUUGGUAACCAGGAAGUUGUGGGACUGUAGAUAAAAAGAAUGGGAAAAUGGUAAUGGCAAACUGUUCAGCGAAAAUGCAAAUGGAACAAUUAUUAAAAAGUAUUUGGAAAUACAAGUAGUACAUUUAUUAAAAGUAUUUGAAAAUAGUAAGUUUAUUAUAAGUAUUUGGAAAUGGAAGUUUAUUAAAAGUAUUUGGAAAUAGUAAGUUUCCACAGUAGGUUUGGAAAGUAAUUCUUAAAGGGAAUUUAUACAUUUCUUUUAAACCAUUUGUUGACUUAUUAAAUAGCAUCGUGGUGCAUUGUUCAUUUUAUGAGUAACUGAAUAAAAUGUAUGUUAAAUGAGUAGGAAAUAAUAUUCAUGUAUGAUUUCUUUUUUAUUGUAUUUCUUAGGCAAAGUUUAGAACAAAUUGUGGUUUAUAUUCUUAUUAUGAAUAAACAUGUGAUUACACUCAGCAUGAAAUGAGAAUAGGCAAACACUGAAUCAUCUGUUGCUUCACUGCUUGCCUUACAAUGUGCACCAUUUUUGGGAUAGUUUCUUUAGGGAAACAAAGUGAUGUCUUUUUAUGCAGCUCAUAAAUAUAUAUCAUCUUUUUUAAUUGAAUAUAUUACUGCAAUCUAAUGAAUUAGUUUGGGUAUUUACAUCUAAGUUAACAGAUGGGCUGAACAGAGAUUGCCUUAAAAAUGUUGAGAUGUAUUGCCAGUACCAGAUUAAGCAUAAAGAUAAGGCUAUAUACCUAACCAAAUGGAGCUUUGUAUUUAGCUGGCUGACAAUAGUUUUAUUCUAACAUGAACACUCACACCUCAUAAUAUCAGAAUUGACUUUAACACUUGUCUAAUCAGUGACAAUGAGCCUUUGGUAUAUUUUUUUCACAAGGAUAAUUUUCUAAAACUGACAUUAGUAGAGUAAAUAGUGUUGACACAUCAGUUGUUAUGCCAAACUCUAGUUUUUAUGUUGAAAACAUUUUUUCCUUAAUAAUAACAUAUUUCAAAAUUCUUACCAGUAGCCUCGCAACUGAAAGCUGUAAAUGGUAGUUUGAGAAUGAUACCCUGCCAUCUUGCCUUAUUCUGUUGUCAAGGUAAGGUCUUUUUCUUGAAAUGCCUUUAUGAUUGUUUUUGCCUUGACACAACAGAAGUAAUGGCCAUGGUAAUAAUCCUUCAAGCUCCUCCAGAAUGUUAUAUUUAGGGUUGUGGCAAGCAUGAGAAAAUGGAUACUUAUUUUCUGUUACUUAUCCAAUUGAAAAUUAAGUGAUAAUGUACCUUGUAAUUUUGAGUAGAUAAAGAGAAGAGCCCAACCUCAUAUUGUACAUUUCUGUCUUAAUUGUGAGAUCAUUUUGGGUGUCUUCAAGAAAUUAUACAGACUAUAGUGAAUUGCAAAUAAUGGUGCUACUGUCUCUGUUUUCAGUUGCUUCAUUUGCAGUUGUCUAACUUAAAUAUAGGGUAUGUACUAGUGAUUUAUCUUUUUCAUUAUUAUUAUUAUUAUUUUCUUAUUUCAAGUUUAACUUACCACAUGUGUACCGUGAUAUGAGAGUUCUAUAGCAUAUUUAUCAAAACAAAUACAGUUGCUACAUUGGUAAUGAAAAGUAAUAUUAAUGGGCUUGAUGAAUAAGCUCUCUGUGUGCAAUAAGGGGAGAAUUUCUUUCAUGGUAUGUGGUACUCCACCAUCUGACAUAGUGAUUUGACUUGACACUACCAUAGUCAUCUCAUUAUUUAUAUUUUUUGUUCAAAUGUCUCAGUAAUCUAAUCAUGCUGAUGCUAAAAAAUUUUUUUUUUUUUUUUUUUAGAAAGUAAUAUAUUACAAAAGUUUUAUUUAUAAAUUUUAUUGAAUAGAUAUGUUGGUUGUAGGUAGGUAUUGAAAAUUUUAAUAUUUAUAUUAGUGUGUAAAUUCAGUUCAAGGAAUAAAAGAAGGACUAUUAAGUAGAAUAUGAAAAAAAUGGAAUGUUAAAGUUAUAAUUUGCCUGGAAUAGAGAGACAAGUGGAUAUCACCAGACCUUGGCAAUUGCUGACUAUCAUAUUGUUAGUUUUGUUCUAGAUCUGUAUUAUGAAUCCUGACAGAAUAAGAUUCAAAGUCUUACAAUUUAGAAGAAAAUUUUCCACUACUUCUCUAGAAGAGUUGUUUAAUAUCAGCAAUAGUAGACAAUUUUAAGUUUCUCGUUGUGAUUCACUUCUCCAACCACUGAACUAAAUUCCUUUUAAAAGUCAUUAAUGUAAAGGUAAAUAUAAGUUAGAAUUUUUAUCAGCUUCUACUUUCAGUGUUUUGUAAGCAAUAAUUGCAUGAUGUUAAAUUUAUAUUAAGUUAAAAUAACUUCUUCGAAGACAUACUUUGAACAAGGGUACAGUUUGGGUAUCAAGAGAAAUAAAUAUUUUGCCUGAUACACUCCGUCUAUUUUUGGCACGUUAAAACUAAUAUACUGUAAAUGGUUUCCCCUUGUGUAAUGAGAAUGGCCAGCCCAAGGGCCACCUAGGCGUGAAUUUGUUUAAGGUGUAGAAGCUGUCGCCAACACAACAACCACACCCCAAGUUAACGAGUUUCAUGACCCAUUGUCAAGGAAUAAGCCAAGACCUGCCAACUGCACUGGCUAACCAUUACCCCGAAACAUGAUACGCAAAUCGAUUAACAUCCAGGUUCUCAAUUACUACUGGGUAGACAGAGGCAAAUGGCAUAAAGAAACUUGCCCAUAGUUUCGCCCUGCCCGGGGAUCGAACCCGGGUCUGCUCGCUUGCGAGGUGAGAAUGCUGACCAUUACACCACAGGCCUUGGGGUUCUUAGAAAAUGAAAACAUUGGCUAAAUGAAAAAAAAUAUAUAUAAUAUAAAAAUUUAAUUUGGUUUAGUACAAAAUAAGGGGUUAGGGACUGGAAGCCACCCAAAAUUUACCAAACAAAGCUUAAAAUGUUUAUUUACUCAGUCAAGAUACAUACUGUACAGUAUUCUGGUACUCAAUGGAAAAUAGAGGGAGUAUACAAAAACAAAGCAAAUUAUAUACCACGUUAAAGAAGAAACUAACACAGUAGUCCAUGGGACAUGAUGCGUCUGACCGCCCCAGUAGUACUGAGUGGGGGUGCAUAUGUUAGCCACCAAAUGUUAACAAAAUAGGAAGA